AUGUCAACUCUCAGCGUAUUCUCAUCUAUUAUGAGCAAAUUCAUGGACUCGCAAAUACUGGAAGAAGGCAAUUACUCAAAUCUGGACAACAAUAAGCAUGCAUGAUAUAGAUCAAGAGAUUUCACAAAUGAAGAAGAAUCAGAGCCUGCAAAAUACCAAAAGCUUACUGAUGAAAACGAGUCGCUAACUCAUCUUCAAGAAAAAAAUUAUUAUUUAUAAUUAAAAAAUUAUUUUUAAAAAAAAAUAAAAUUUUAAUAUUUGAAGAAUAGAAGGGUAAGGAAUAUUAUGAAUCAAAAAGACUCCGAGCUUAAAGAAUGCUAUAAAAGAAUAGAUACAUUAGAAAAGUGAAUGCAAAAUGAAAUAGUAGAACUAAAUAAAAAAAUAAAAGAUCUUACUCCUGAUUAUGCCACAGUAACAAUUAUUAUAAAAUAAUAAAUUUUUAUAUAAUUUCAUAAUUUUUUAUUAUCAAUAUUAAUAAAUUAAAUUUUUAUAUAAAUUUAAAUUUUUUUGAUUGAUUAUUAUAUAUAAUGAGUAAAUGAGAAAAUAUAUUUUUGUAUUAUCUCAAGAGUUAGCAGUAAUGAAGGGGAAGAGCUGGCUCCACUUCUAGAACAGUUUAAAGUCGGAUUAAUAGAGAGGGAUGAAGAUAUCCAAGAAAGACUUUUUCUUCUUGAAGAAGAAGUUUUCUCAUCAAAAAACUUAAGCUCGAAUGACAAAGAAAACAAAAAGCCAAUAGCAAAAACUGCUGACUCCGAGGAAUGUAAAAAAACAAUUUUAAAUUCAACAGAAGAAGAACCAUCCUCAAGCAGAAGAAAAAGACCAACUCCUGGCGAAAAGUCUAAAAGAACAAAAGCUAAGCCUAGAAGACCUGCCAGAUCUCGUAGGCUAAAGCCUAUUAUUUCAGACGAUGAUUUAUAUUUUUUUACAAUGAUUAUCAAUUUUCUAUUAAAGAUGCAAAUAAGAAUUUUUUUAAAUUAAAAAUAACUGAAACUGGGAUAUCUGAUGUAUCAAGUGAAGAAGAAAGCGAAGAUAGUUUUCCAGCUCCAAAGAAAACAAAGAAAAAAAUGCCAGCUAAUGGCGAAAAAAAUAAAAAAGUUAAAGAAAAGCCAAUUGAAGAACAAAAGACUGAUGUUUCUAAAGGAAAAAUACCUGAUGAGGAACCUCCAAAGAAAAAGCCAAUAAAACGGCCCAAUGAGUCGGUUGAAUUAAUAGAAGAAUGCACUGAGGAAGAUUGGAAUAAAGCGGCAUGGAGUAGAAUUCUUAAGAAAUAA